ACUAAUGCUGUAGUCAGACAAACAAAGUUAGCAGACAGCACAAGCAGGUGCAGGGCAGAGCAGGAAGACCAGUGCUUUAUAUCGUGUUCAUUUCAAUGCUGGAGGCUCCACAGAUAAGACCAACAUUGGAUGGCAGUGAGGAAGAUAUCUAAGUUUACCACACCACUGUGGUCACUUGGGAAGGUGACACGUUUGAGGUGUUGCACUUUGGAAUGUCAAACCAGGGCAGGACUUGCACAGAAAUGCUUGUGCAGUUAAUGCGCUGGUGACCAGAGUGCUGGCUCCUGUCCUGCGCUGCCCCGGUCAGUGGCUGGCCAGCGGCUGCAGUGGAGAAGUGUCUCAACGUACGUUCACCCUGGCUCUGCAGGCUCGGUGAUGGUGGCUCUGGUGCUGACUCCCUGGGCUGGUGUUGCCCCACUCUUGCUGCUGCUGUACGGAGCCCUGGGCCGAGACCCGCUCCCCACCCCACAAGUAUGUCCAGGGACCGACAUGAAGCUCAAACUCGCCUUCAGUUUGGAAAACCAUUACCACACUCUGCGCAAGCUGUACGAGAAUUGCCGCGAGGUGCAGGGCAACCUGGAGAUCACACACCUGAAAGGGAACCUUGACCUUACCUUCCUGAAGAAUAUUCAGGAGGUGCAAGGCUAUGUUCUUCUUGCUCACAACGAGGUUGACUACAUUCCACUGGAGAAUCUGCGCAUCAUUCGGGGAAGCCAGCUGUACGAGGGCCGCUAUGCACUGGCCGUCAUCUCCAACCUCAACUCUAGCACCACUGGCCUCCGGGAGCUACGGCUCAGGAGCCUGACAGAGAUCCUGAUUGGGAGUAUCUUGAUUCGCAACAACCCCUGGCUGUGUUACCAGGAGACUAUCCAAUGGGAUGACAUUCAAGAUGCCAACAACAUCUUGCAGUUCCCGUUUCUGGGCACGGUAGACAGCAACAGGACCGUUAAAUGUGGGAACUGCAGUCGUGGGUGUGAGUCGUGCUGGAGCUCGGGGCCCGAGUAUUGCCAAACACUGACUCGGAAGAUCUGUGCCCAUGAGUGUCGGACCCGCUGCAGAGGGAGGCAACCCAGCGAGUGCUGCCACAAUGAAUGUGCUGCUGGCUGUACUGGGCCCAAGGACACCGACUGCCUUGCCUGCCACCGUUUCAACAACGCGGGGAUGUGCAGUAGGAACUGUCCCCCUCUCAGCAUCUAUGAUGUGCAGACCUAUCAGAUGAAGCCCAACCCUGAGGCAACGUACAUCUUUGGAGCCAACUGCGUCAAAAAGUGUCCGCAUAAUUACCUGGCCACGAAUGUGGGCUCGUGUACGCUGGACUGUCCCAACGACACCAAGGAGGUGAUGGAAGGAGAUCGAUACAAAUGUGAGAAGUGCAGUGAACCGUGUCCUAGAGUGUGCAGCGGCUUAGGGGUGAGUAAGCUGAAGAAUGUGCGGGCAGUGACCUCCAGAAAUAUUGAUUCCUUCAAAGGCUGCAGCAAGAUCUUUGGCAGCUUGGUCUUCCUGGCUGAGACCUUCUCUGGUGACCCGGCUACAAAGACUGAGCCCCUGGAUGUGAGGAAGCUGAAGGUAUUCGACGUUCUGACUGAGAUCACAGGGUAUUUAUACAUCGAGGCUUGGCCACAGAAUUUCACCAGCCUGAAGGCCUUUGAGAACCUUGCCACGAUCCGGGGGCGAGUGCUAUACAGCAGUGCUUAUGCAUUGUUAGUGCAGAAUCUACAGAUACAGUGGCUCGGACUACGCUCUCUAAAAGAGAUCAGUAAUGGGCUGGUGUUCAUUCACCAAAAUCCUCACCUCUGUUAUAUCAAGACUAUUCCCUGGAGACAGCUGUAUCAGAAGGAGCACCAGGAGGAGCUGAUAACAGCCAACAGGCCACAAGAUGUUUGUGAGGCCGAAGGGCAUUCGUGUUACGCCCUGUGUACGGCGGGCAAUUGCUGGGGUCCUGGGCCCACACAGUGCCUGGCCUGUACUCACUACCUGCGUGCGCAGAGGUGUGUGGAGACGUGCAACCUGUACAUGGGGCAGGUUCGGGAGUAUCUGAGUGAAUCGUCGUGUAUCGCAUGUCAUGCAGAGUGUCUCCCUCAGAACGACACCCUGAGCUGCAGCGACAAGGGCGCUGAUGCCUGCGUGGCAUGCAGGCAUUACAAGGAUGGCAAGCAAUGUGUGGAGAAAUGCCCGACUGGGGUACAUGGGCACAUCUGGAAAUACCCUGACGAACAAGGCCUCUGCCAACUCUGCCCCACUAACUGCAGCCACUCAUGUACAACCAGUGCUGACGGAUGCCCCGAGGAGCCCAGUCACAGCCAGGUGACGUCGGUGGUGGCCGGCAUUGUGGGCGCUCUGCUCUUCAUGGUACUCAUCAUCCUCUUCAUCGUCUGGUGGAGACGCAAGAUCUACCUCAGCCAGAAGCACAAGAGGAUGAGCCUCAUGGAACAGAACAAGCUCGUCGAACCUGUGAGCCCAAGUGGGGUCGUACCAAACCAGGCGCAGAUACGAAUCCUAAAGGAAACGGAAAUGAAGAAAGUCAUGGUUCUGGGAUCUGGAGCCUUUGGAACAGUUUACAAGGGAGUCUGGAUGCCAGAGGAUGAAGACGUCAGGAUACAAGUGGCCAUUAAAGUUCUACGCGAGGGAACUUCCCCCAAAGCAAACAAAGAGAUCCUGGAUGAGGCAUACAUCAUGGCGGGAGUGAGCAGCCCCUACGUGUGCCGACUGCUGGGCAUCUGCCUGACCUCCACCGUACAGCUGGUCACUCAGCUCAUGCCUUUCGGCUCACUGCUGGAUUACGUGCGUGAGAACAAGGACCGCAUCGGCUCACAGCAUCUCCUCAACUGGUGCGUGCAGAUCGCCAAGGGGAUGAAUUACCUUGAAGACCAUGUUCGAUUGGUUCACCGUGACCUGGCUGCCAGGAACGUGCUGGUGAAGAGUUUGAACCACGUGAAGAUCACCGACUUUGGCCUGGCCCGUCUGCUGGACACGGAUGAGACGGAGUACCAUGCGGACGGUGGGAAGGUCCCCAUCAAAUGGAUGGCCCUGGAGUCCAUCUUGCACCGGAGAUUCACGCACCAGAGUGACGUCUGGAGUUACGGCGUGACCGUGUGGGAGUUGAUGACGUUCGGGGCCAAGCCGUACGAUGGGAUCCCAGCGCGGGAAAUCCAUGAGCUGCUGGAGAAGGGGGACCGUCUGCCCCAACCGCCCGUCUGCACCGUCCACGUCUACAUGAUUAUGGUCAAGUGCUGGAUGAUCGACUCGGAGUCAACGCCCCGGUUCGGGCAGCUGGUGACGGAGUUCACGCGGAUGGCACGGGACCCACCGCGAUACAUCGUCAUCCAGGGCGACGACCGUCUGGUCCCACAGAGCCCGACUGACAGCAAGUUCUACCGGACGCUGCUGGAGGACGAAGAAAUGCAGAACCUCAUCGACGCGGAGGAAUACCUGAGUGCGCGGAGUGUUGCUGAGGUGGACGGUCGAGGGACAGUGACCGCUGCGGGCCCCGCCAGCCCAGACCCCCCUGGCGAGGGGGACCGCUCGGCCCACAGGGGGACGGUUUCCUGCCCGACCGCUGAGCACGGGCUAGUCCAGCGCUAUAGCUCACAGCCCAGUCUGUGGCCGGACUUGGACGGGCUGGAGGUGGACGCCUACAUUGCCCUGGGCUGCCAGGCCCCAGGCUACUUGAACCAGGCGGGUGAGCGUGCGGGGGGAUCGGGGAUGGGAGUGUCUGUACCGGCAGCUACGUUGGGGAAGACGGUGGAAAACCCGGAGUACUUGUCCCACCACAGCCUGGAGCAGGACCAUUGGGGCGGGGACCACCAGCGGGCAGAGCCAAUGUGGACCCCGGGCCCCGCACAGCCCAACGGAUACAUCCGUGUAGCUGCCGCAGAGAACCCAGAGGACCUGGGCCUGACGGAGACCAGCAGCGUGUAGAGGGAGGAGUGGCCUCAGUAACCCUAACACACAGAGCGCGUGCGGGCAGCACCGACACUGGAUCCCAGUGGAGAUUAGACCCACUGGAUCCCAGCGGCGAUCCACCAAUCCUGGGGCUUCCACAAUGCUGCUGAGCCAAUCAUGGCGCUCGUCACCUGGUUGCCGAGAAGUAGCUGGUCCCGGGGUCCUGAGGUCAACUCCAUCGGUCGGUCCGCUCCGACUGGACGGGCAGUGUCCCUGCCCCUCCCCCCACGCCC